UGCAGGCACAUGAUGUCGCGACUCACUAUGAAUGAGAAAAUCAAAGCAGACGGUCGAGCUUACGAAGUGUACACUUCUCAAAAAGAAGUACAAGAAAUUCAGAAAAAACUCAAUGAUAAAGUGUUAGUGGAUUCGAUAAUAAAAAAGGUGGAGUGCUAUAAUUCAUCGGCGCAAGGAAAUCGAGCACAAACAGCAGUUAAACAAAUCUUAUCAGCGCCUCAAUAAUUCAAUACCACUGGGAACCACUAUGGCUAAAGAGGAGAUUUUUGAGAGUUCAUUUGAGAACGACCGUUUUUUAAUGGCGCUUGAAGACGACAAUUUAUUUCGUCCACGGCAAAUUACUGAUCUGGAUGCAUCACAGAGCAGUGAGAAUGCCACGCAGUAUAAUGAUGAGAAUGUAAAUGCAGAUACCGAACCAUCGCACGUUGCUAUUCCCAACAAAUUACCUUGUACGAGCACUUUAGCUGCAGCAAUCGCACGUUUAAAGGCACAAAUGUCUAAGCCCUUCAGUUCACCGCCUCCAGCGUAUCCAAACUCAGGUUGUGAAAAGACAGAACCAGAGGUUCCGACAAGUAGCAUUAAAGAACUGCGAAAAAACAAUGAACAGUGUGUGGUUGAGAAGCAAAAGCCAAAAGAAAAGACACAUAUAUCGAAGGAUCAACUUAAGUCUGCACCACCAAUACCGCCAACGACAACGUCGAAAAGCAAGAAAUCACAGAAUCGUCAACGCAAAUCAAAGGUUAAGCGAUUGGCACAAAAGUUCAACUCAAAACUAUCCCAAUUGAUGUGUCAUGAGUCAACCGAGACAAAAGAGAACAGCGUAGAUAACGAAUCGGAUGAGGAAGUAAAAGUUGAAGAGUUGCAUACUAGCAAGUUGCCAGUUGUGCUCAAGCCGAAUCCAGAACGGGGUAGCUGUUUGCCGAAGCAACGUGUCUCUCCACGCCAACUGCCACGUAAAAUACGUGAACAACGCUACAUCAAUGAAAUGAAAAUCCUACAGGGCUCACGAAAACGCUGCAUUGACCCAGUCAGCUCAAUGUCUUUCGAUACGUUUGGACCACCGAGGAAAAUACACCGCACUUGGACUGAACGCUUACAAUCAACAGCGAGCUAUCGGGAAAUGCUGAUGGAACGUAUGUUCUGCAAUUGGAUCACGGAGAAAUAUGGUGUCACUUUCGAUAUCCACUCAGUAGAAAACAGCGAGGAUUCUUUCACAAAUGCUGACGAAGCGAACACUUCGAAAUGUCCAGUCAUAUCAAAGUCGGAGUUCUGUCUGUUGUUUGGAAAGGCGAUGGUGAAGUUCGAAAGCGUAGAAUCGCGAGUAAUGCGACGAAACGGUACUCAUGAAGCAUUAAAAAUAAUUAAUGAUCCACGAGAACAACAGAACACUCACAAAAGUGUUGAGGUUGAAUUGCCAAUUAGCCAAAUUGGCACUUCCAUCAAUGAAAAACUACCACAGGAAGCCUCCAAUCGAGUCCAAAGGAAGGUGAAACGUCAGGCGCCACAACCACCCACAGCAAUUAAUGAGAUUCCAGAACAGCAGGACACUAACAAAAGUGUAGUUGAGGCUAAAUUUCCAAUUAGCCAAAUUAGCAUUUCCAUCGAUGAAAAAAUACCCCAGGAACCCUCCAGUCGAGUCCAAGGGAAGGUGAAAUGUCAGGCGCCACAACCCCCCACGGCAAUUAAUGAGAUCCCAGAACAGCAGGACACUAACAAGAGUGUAGUUGAGGUUGAAUUGCCAAUUAGCCAAGCAGAGGAACCCUCCAAACGAGUCCAAGGGAAGGUGAAGCGUCAGGCGCCACAACCCUCCACGGCAGUUAAUGAGGCCCGACAACAACAAGACACUAACAGAGGAGUAAUUGCGAGUGGAGCGUCGAAUAACAUAACAUCACCAGAUGGCACAUUGCAGAGCACUAUAGAUAGCUUCAUUGAUCUUGGCUUUGAAACGGGUUCAAAUUAUACGGAAAGUCCCAAUCGUACAGUAGCACCAGCGAUUACACCAAAGCAAAUAAAAAGUGCGUCACCGCCUUCCGUCAAAUUAACGCCCGGACUGGAUAAAAGUAGGCCACAAAACAGCUUUAGCUUUUCGUCUUCGACACCGGAUAAGAGCUUGCAAAAUAUAUCACUACCAAUCUUCAGCAGCAAUACCGCCCGCAUGAUAGAACAGGAAUUUAUUAGUCCCAUACGUACAGUUAGCGGAGGCCGUCGCCGCUUGUGGCAGGCUAAUGAUUCACGUCAGAAUUCGCCAUCUAUGCAAGUUAUCUGUGAAGAUCCCUUGGAGCAUGUCGAACCGUCGAAAACAGCGAACUCGCCUAUUCUCUCUGAAAAUAGCUUCUGUAGUACUACUUUCAACUUAAUUAUGGCCAAUAACACUGAGCAUCAAGAUAAGUCAUCAAAGUUUUGGGUGUGCGCUGUGGACUUUAAAAUUGCUCUGGAUAUAUUCUACAGCCCACCAGAUCGCCUAUACCUACUAAAUCGAAUAUUCAGCCAAAAGAGCUGUAAGAGUCAGGAUUUGUACUUUGGCAUCGAUGAUCAAAAAUUUUCUAUGCGUAAUGCAAUCGAAAAGACGGACAUCUCAGCGCGCCUACCUGCAGUGAAAGGCUGCUCUUACUAUUGGUUCUGCACCGGUGAACUGGCUGUGCCAUUCAACGGUAAACGUUUAGCAACAGAAAAGAUUCAACGUUUGUUCAGUUUCAUAAAAGAUUCAAUGACAGAUAAUAUGCGGCUACGCUUUGGCGUCGAUAACUAUGAAUUUUCUAGGGCGUCUGACAACAAAGGAAACAGCAACAGAUUUUCAAUGCUUGCUGGCCCGCAUGAAAAACGCAGUGGUACUAAUUCAAACUAUUCAAAAGCAAGCAACCGAAAUGUCUCCGAAAAUGGUUCAAAAAUAGAUCGUAAAAAUUUACACCACACCCUAGAAUCGUCCCGCAAUGCGACUGCAAAAAACAGUUUCCACAAUGAAAAAAUUGAUAUCGAAACCUUGGAAAAACUAUUCCAAGAUGAUGCAAAAAGCCUGGAUGCCAAGUUGGACAGGCUGAGACUCACACGAACGAUAUCAAAAAUGAUAAAUAACCUAAAGAAGGUAAAUAUUGAUUUAAAAGAAUUGGAAAAACGCAUGAAAAUGUAUUCGAAUCACUCGGGCAUGGCUAAAGCUAUCCUACCUCACUCCAAAGAAUCGCCGCUUUAUAUGCAAAAAUUGCGCAUCAUCACCUGUGCCAUCAACAGUCUUCUAAGCGAAAACGGUUUCACGGCAUGCAGCAAGGAACAGUUGGAGGGUUUUAUGCUCUUUCUAACACACUAUGCCCAUAUUUGUUUGGAAAGAUGCAACAAGCACAUGAUAAACGUGUUGGACGCACUAGUAAAACACCAUCAAGAAAAUAUAGACAAGGCUAAUAUUCAAUUGGGGUUGGCUGAAGCCAAUGGCAACGAGCUGAAAAAGCCUUAAAUGCCGAUGCUAAAUUUCUUAUAGAUUUUAUGACUCGUACUUUGCCUUUUGUUAUUGACUUAUUACCUUUGGUUUGGAAACGCGUAAACAUUCAUGGUAAAAAAAAAAUAAAAAAAAAAAAUUUAAGUAAUAGUUUGUGUUACCAAAUGGCGUUUAAUUGAGCUCUACUUUAGAAAUUAAUUAUUAACUUAAUUUAAUUAAUCAUUAAUAGUAGUAUUUUUAUCAAAUCAGAUUUUUAAUAUUUUUUGUCAUCAAUUUUAGCUGUCUUUAAGUUCGUUUUUACAUAUGUACAUACCUAACUUGACAUAACAUAAUACAUAUUUACUUUUAAAUAAACUUAGGCUAAGAAACUCUGUAAAAACAUGAACUCCAAAAAUAAAUUUUCACUUGUAAAAAAAAACCGAAGGUGCGCUUGCUUGUUAUCAUUAAACGAAAAUAGUUACGGCGGCCACCAUAGCCGAAUGGGUUGGUGCAUGACUACUAUUCGGAAUUCACAGAGAGAACGUGGGUGAAACACCAAAAUUAAGAAAAAAUAUUUUCCUAAUAGCGGUCGCCCCUCGGCAGGCAAUGGUAAACCUUCAAGUGUAGUUCUGCCAUGAAAAAGCUCCUCGUCGUUCGUUGAAAUUUUUGAAGCUAACGAUAGGUUAAAAAAGAUCCAGCAGAUCAAAUUUUCGUUUUUCGUUCGCGUUGUUUUAAGUCAAAUGAAUUAGCCCAGUUUUUUUCUUAUAACGAUCCCAGCAUUUUUGCUACGGACAACCACUAUAUUCUUGCUUUAUAUAAUGAGCCGAGUGCAUAAAAAGGUAGAUGUAUUCUUUUGCAUCCUUACGGAAAAAUCAACGCUCCAAUGCCCGAAAUCGAUAAUAUUUUACAUUUACGUACAGUUGCACCAUUCUUUUGCUUUUUUGUUGUGUAUCCAGCAGUUGGACGAUUCGUUUUAUUCAAGACAAACUCGAAAUUUUUAGUUUAAGUGUGAAAAUUUCAAACAAAUUUCAAACAAAGAAGCGUAUCAAAAACAAAAAAGCAUUGUCAACCACCAAAUCGCAAAAAAAAUUAAGUCGGCUAUUUUACUUUUACUAUUUAGUACUACUUUAUAGUGUGUAUCCAGCAGCUUGCCGGUUAGCUUGAAUUCCGCAAGUACAUACUUUCCAGUGGCCCAUUUAGAACUGUCUCCUUUUUGCUUUACAACACUAGGCCUUUUAGAUUCGUGAAGCAUUAGCCAGUGGCGAAGAGAUGAAGCGAUUGGUAUAAAUGAACAUACUUUGGCAGCGCUGGAAUAGAGUUACCAAAAAUUACUUUUGUCUGGAAACACUUAAUGAGUAAUUAGGACCGCGUUCGGUUUGGGAAACAUUGGUUGCUUCAACUCAUUAUCGGUAACGCUCGAGCCUUGUCAACACCCUUCGUGUUCUCGAUCUUCUCAAUGUUGUUAUUGACUGUAGACCAAAAACUAAACUAUUGUAAGCAACAGAGUUGCCGUGCAUGAACACGACGGUCAACAACAGAGGAGAACUCGCAAAGUUAAAGCAACAAAAGUUUCCCUGUAUGAACGUGGUCUAAUGAAACUCUCUUGAAAGAGAGUUGGCAGCAUUGGAAAUAGUGAGUU